AUGACACAGAACCCGGUCGUGCCGCCUGCUCGGCACUCUACGAACUCGAGCAACGUCUCACGUACAAAUGGACCAAGCUCUGGACGUGGAGCCUUUCACGGAGCUCAUGGUAGUGCAUCGACCACCGGCCGUUCAAGCCAAGGCCGCUCUGGAAAUGCACGCCACAGCUCCGCAGGAGGAGGAGGAGGCGGCAGUGGAUCGAAACAUGCCCCACCAAGCGGCCGAUCAUCAUCCGCAAGCUCUCAAAGUGCUUCAGAACUCAUGCAUGAGCGUCUGAGGAUGCUCCUUGACAUGUUAGUGGGUCAGAUGGUCGUCGUUCGUCUGCGGGGAGGCGAGCGUUACGUGGGUGUUUUGUCUGCGGCAUCGACGGUAUCGGACGAAGUGGCACUUGUCCUUUCGUUGGCUCAGUCUAUCAGCAACAAAGAUGGAGGAAUCAAACUAGGAGAAGUAAUGCCUUCUCUUGUUGUGCCCGGUGCCGAAAUCUUGGAGGUUGACGUGAGUGGUGCAAAGGUCAGCUCGGGGGCUGAGUUAGAGACGGCCCAGCGUCGCGGUUCAGGAUUCCGUACAGAUACAGAGAUCAGUGCGGGAUCAAAUGCCCGUUCGGAUGGGCGAAAGCUCCAGCGUUGGGACGACGGACCCGAUGACGGCACCGUGCCAGGUGCGAAUGGAUCGUCACAAACCUCGUCAUUGGAGCAGUCGACUGAUCUGGGCCCCUGGGAUCAGUUUGCCGCCAACGAAGCUCGCUUCGGUAUCAAGUCGAAUUACGAAGAGACAAUGUACACUACGAGACUGGAUCGCUCCGGCAAAGAUUUCAAGGCUCGUGAGAAAGAGGCUGAGAGACUGGCGAAAGAAAUCUUGGAAGGCUCAACAAGCAAUCCACACGUGGCUGAAGAACGCAACCAGAUAGACCCACAGGAAAUGGAUGAAGAGGCUCGCUAUGGCGCUGUGAUUCGCGAGCAGCAGCAGCAGCAGCAGCAGCAGCAGCAGAAACAAGAGACGAAGCAGCCUCCGCCUCAGCCGCCGAAGUCAGCAGAGCCAAAGACAGGGAUUGCGUCAGCUAAGUCUGCAGGGGCAUCACCUUCUUUGGCUUCUACGCCUGUCGCGGCGCAUGAAGCGGUCAGCAGACCCAACAAGGAGCUGACGGCUGAUUUCCGGCAGUUCGUCUCGGCAGAACGCGAGCGCCUCGUUGUACGCAAAGCCGAGCUGGCAAAAAAGGAGAAGCAGAGUCGUCUUGCUGACUUGAAAGUCUGGGCUCAAACGUUUCAACUCAAGACCCCUGUGCCGGAGGAUGUGGCGAACAUGAGGCGAUAUGCGGCGCCGACGACGAAGGGCAUGUCCAACUCGACCUCAACGGGCGGUCUGAAUGUGCCCACUGGCGCCGUACGGAAUCAUUCUAUGUCGUCCACCAGUUCUACGUCAUCAUCCGCAUCGUUUAAGCCUUCCUUAUCAUCCAGAGACUCGUAUGCUGGAGGAUGGCAAGGCUCAAGUAAUGCUUCUGGGGCGCCUUUGUCGUCGUCUCAGAGCAAGUCUGAUAUGGAAGAAGUGCGAUCGAAGCUUGCCUCUAUGACCAUUCCUGCCAUCCCGCCAUUCAAGAAGCCAGAAGAGAAAAAGCCACCUUCAAAGCUAAAUGUAAAGGCAUCGGCCUUCAAUCCGCAAGCGGCUACCUUUACUCCAGGCGCCAAAGUGACGCCGACGCAGGCGUCGGCGACGCCAGCCAAGUUGGAUGUGCCUGACUUGCCAUUCUUUGGGAAGCGCGAGCUGACAAACAGGCCAAGUACUACGUCAAUGCGCAUUAUGGAUGAGUUCCGUGCACCCAAGACAAAGAAGCUUGGUGAAGCAAGCAAGGCCUCCGUUUGGUGGUCUUACACGGGCCGACCAUACCGGCAGCUGAUGGCUGCGAGCGGUGUGUAUGCCAACAAGCCGCUCAUGCCGCCGCCUUUUAUAAAUGACGCAGCCUCGGUUGCCGCAGCCGCUGCGGUGGCAGCCGCAAAUGCUGCGCCUAUGCCACCACCGAUGUUCCCGAUGGCUGCUGCAUAUGCGCCUGGUUUGUCACCAGCGAUGCAGCAUAUACCGACUCCUGCGACGGGUCCGCCACAUGGAUCGUCACCGCCGACGAUGCCGCGCCCGAUGAAUGGCAAGCCGCCUCAUUCACCACACCAACAGUCAAUCAUGUUACCGCCGCCGCCGUCGGGAAGCCCGCACACUGUGGGUCAGCAGCCAUACACCAUGGUAUACCCUAUUGGUCAAUAUCGGUUUCCAGCGCGGCCAUCAUACGUGCCACCGGCCGAUCCCCACGGGACGCCUCUCAUGUACAGACCUACGCCACCCAUGCCGACGGCGCCGUUUGCGCCUCCCGGUACACCCGGCGGUAUGCCAACGCCAGCGCCCCACGGCAUGCCGCCGAUGGGCCCUUAUGCCAAUAUGCAUUCAUCUAGUUCCAGGAAACGGAGUGGGUCGGCUUCGCAUCGUGGAGGCGCUAAUGGGAGCGCUGGUAGCAACAACCUUGGCAAUGGCGGCGGCGGCAAAAAUGCCGCUCGCAAAUCGCGAGGUGAUGACACAGGUGGAAAAGCUGCGUCUGACGCAUAG